AUGAUGAUAGUUAAGCUAAAAUUUGAAGAGACACUGGCGUACAUUAUUCCAACAUAUAUUAAUUGCAACAACUGGGAUGCGGAUUUUAAAAACUUAAGUGAUGUACUGUUCGAAUUUGGGUGUGAAAAUAUAUUAGUUGUAGGAGACUGUAAUGCCAGAAUUGGUAAGGAGCAAUGUUUGGAAUUUAACCCAACUUUACUAGCCAGUGGACUAAGUGCACAGCGCAAAGCUAUGGACAACAAAGUAGAUAGAAAUGGCAGAAGACUACUUGAAAUCUGCAAUACGGUAAGUCUUACUGUGCUGAACGGAAGAUGCGAGGGCGACAAAGAUGGCAAGCAUAAAUUUCACAGAGGAACUAUUGCCACCACGAUUGACUAUGGUUUAGGAGCGGGGAUCUGGUUGAAUAGAAUCAAAAAUUUCGAAGUGCAGGAUUUUAUUUACUCUGACCAUCAGCCGAUUACAGUAAGUGUCCACGCCGGGAAAAAUAUUUCGGAGGAAAAUUCAGGUCUACAGUUGUUACCUAAACUAUACUGGAACAAACGUAUCGAGAAAAUAUAUAAUUUAACACUUAAUCAACAAAUUAUUGAAGUAAAUAGAGCGACAAUAUGCUCAACAAAUGGAAUUGAGUUUUUAAUGGAUUGUAUAAAUAAUGCAGCAAAGCCUCUGCAACAAAAGCAAAAAACUGGCGUAAAACAAAACCAAUGGUUUGACUCUGAAUGUAAAAUAUUAGGAGAUACAUCUUUUCGAUGGCUAAGAAGAGUUAAAAAAACAGGAUUAAAGGAAGACAUGACAAACUACAGUCAAGCAAAUAAACGAUUUAAAGAACUUCUACAGCAUAAAAGAGCGACUUACUAUAAUGAGCUAGCUAUCUCAAUAGCUACAGUAAAGGACAGUAAAUCCUUUUGGGGCAAAGUUCGAAAACUGAACGGAACGAGCCAUAUAAAAAAUGCAAAGCUAGACGCACUGGAACUGAGUAAACACUUUGAGCGGAUACUAAACAACAGCAUACAUAAUGAGAGUUUAAGUUAUGAGAUGCCCAUACGUGAAAUGAGUGAACUAGAUACAACGAUUACAGUAGCAGAAGUCAAAAAAAUAUUGCACAAGUGUAAGGAUAAUAAAGCUCCUGGAGAGGAUCGAGUACCCAUGGAAUUCCUUAAAUAUGCUUCGGAUCUAUUUAUUGAAAAUAUGACAGCAUCAUUUAAUUAUAUCUACAACAGCGGCAAUGUACCUGAUUCUUUUCGCAAGUCGAUUAUCUUCCCAUUGUACAAAAAAAGCGACACAAAGAAUCCAGAAAACUAUAGGGGUAUAUCUUUUAACAAUGCCAUUGCGAAAGUAUUUGCAAGUAUUUUGAACGAGAGGCUACAAGAAUGGUUGAUAACCAUGCACUGUUAA